GCUGCGACAAUGACUUGCAGCACGUUUGCUCUGCACUGCGGCCUGGCUUUUGUCUUUCUCGCCUUUCCUCCCGUUCGUGGAGAUCUGAGUUACACCAUCCAGGAGGAGCUGAAACCCGGGUCAGUGGUCGGAAAUAUCGCGAAAGAUCUGGGACUGGAGCUGGGAAGACUGUCUGCGCGGAAGGCCCGUGUUGAUUCCGAGGACAACAGUGUUAACUACUGCAGGUUAAACCUGAACACCGGAGACUUGGUUGUCCACGACCGGAUCGACAGAGAGGGGCUCUGUGACAAAAAAACAUCGUGUGUUGUGAAGCAAGAGCUUGUUCUGGAAAACCCUUUAGAGUUGCAUCGUAUCAAUAUUCGUAUUCAGGACAUUAAUGAUAACUCUCCCCAGUUUAAAGACGACUCACUAAAUUUUGAUAUUCGGGAAUCGGCAGACAAAGGUGCGCGUUUUGUCCUGGACGAAGCGCACGAUGAGGACAUUGGUGAAAAUGCAGUUCAGGGCUAUUCAUUAGAGAGGAACGACCACUUCAAACUGAAUGUGAAGACAAAGGCAGGUGGACGGAAAUAUGCUGAACUGGUCUUGGACAAAGAAUUAGACAGAGAAGAUAAAAAAGAGAUGAUGCUUUUGCUUUCUGCUUUUGAUGGUGGCUCUCCACAGAGAUCAGGCUCAGUGGUUAUUCAUAUUACUGUGCUGGAUGCUAACGACAAUGAGCCAGUAUUUAGUCAGCCUGUCUAUAAGGCACAACUAGCUGAAAACUCUCCUCUUGAUACUGUUGUUUUAGCCGUGAGUGCCACUGAUGCAGAUGAGGGCAUAAAUGGUGUGGUCACUUAUGGUUUUGAUCAUGUCUCAGAUAAAAAUCAAGUUUUUUCUCUUGAUCCUAAAUCUGGAGACGUUAAGGUGAUUGGCAUUAUUGAUUACGAAAAGAAAUCGUCAUACGAAAUGCAAAUUAGUGCUAAAGACGGUCCAGGACUGGCCUCAUAUGCAACUUUAAUAAUUGAAAUAAGUGACAUGAAUGACAAUCCUCCAAUUAUAAACCUAAAAUCCCUUUCCAACCCAAUACCAGAGAACAUUUCACCUGGCACAGAGGUGGGCAUCAUUAAUGUGCAGGACAGAGACUCUGAGAAGAACCGACAGGUCAGCUGCUCCCUCCAGCAGGGUGUCCCUUUUAAGUUAGUUCCCUCUAUUAAAAACUACUAUUCUCUGGUGAGCACAGGACAACUGGACCGUGAAGUGGUGUCUGAUUACAACAUUACAAUCACUGCCACUGACGAGGGAUCUCCACCUCUGUCCUCCUCUAAAAGUGUUCAGUUGUCUGUAGCUGACAUCAACGACAACCCACCUGUGUUUGAGGAAGAGUCGUACAGCGCAUAUGUGAGUGAAAAUAACAAAGCUGGCUCCACUUUAUGUUCUGUUGCUGCUCGAGACCCUGACUGGAGACAAAACGGUACCGUGGUUUAUUCACUGUUAGCUGGAGAGGUGAACGGUGCCCCGGUGUCCUCGUAUGUGUCUGUGAAUGGAGACACGGGGGUGAUCCACGCUGUGAGGUCAUUUGAUUAUGAACAAUUGAGGAGUUUCAAAGUGCAGGUGAUGGCCAGAGACAACGGUUCUCCUCCCCUGAGCAGCAACGUGACAGUCAGUGUGUUCAUAUCAGAUGUGAAUGACAACGCUCCUCAGAUCUUGUACCCCGCCCCGGAGGGCAACUCCUUCAUGACCGAGCUGGUCCCCAAAGCUGCACACGGAGGCUCUCUGGUGUCCAAAGUGAUUGCAGUGGACGCGGACUCCGGACAGAACGCCUGGCUGUCCUACCAGAUAGUGAAAUCCACAGAUCCGGGACUUUUCACUAUCGGUGUCCACAGUGGAGAGAUCAGGACACAGCGGGACAUUUCUGAAUCUGACAGCAUGAAACAGAACCUGAUCGUGUCAGUGAAAGAUAACGGACAGCCCUCUCUGUCUGCCACCUGCUCCAUGUAUUUACUGAUUUCUGACAACUUGGCUGAGGUUCCAGAGCUGAAGGACAUUUCUUAUGAUGAGAAGAACUCCAAGCUGACUUCCUACCUGAUCAUUGCGCUGGUGUCUGUGUCCACCUUUUUUCUGACUUUCAUCAUUAUCAUCCUGGGUGUGAGGUUUUGUCGCAGGAGAAAGCCCAGACUGUUGUUUGAUGGAGCAGUGGCCAUCCCCAGUGCGUAUCUUCCUCCAAAUUAUGCAGAUGUUGAUGGCACAGGAACUUUACGCAGCACCUACAAUUAUGACGCCUACCUGACGACAGGAUCUCGAACCAGUGACUUUAAGUUUGUGAGCUCUUACAAUGACAACACGCUUCCUGCUGACCAGACUCUGAGGAAAAGUCCAUCAGACUUUGCUUUUGGAGACGGUGACAGUUCUCCUGAGAUCCUGGAAAAUGGCAUGAUGAAAAGGUCCAAAAAGGGGCUGGUUGGCAAGCAACUCUCAGAGAUUCUUGCCCAGGUUGAGCAGAGGAUCACUGAUGUCGCUGCCAUGAGGACAGCCGUGUUCCGAUGCCUCCCAGUUUUCCUCGAGGAUGAUGGAAGUGACUUCUACGCUGUCUGUUUUGACUGUGAUGCCAUGGAAGACUUCACUCAGGUUCAUGGGUAUUUGUUUUGA